AUGGGAGGCGAGUGGACACUCAAUGAGCUCAAGGGCAUAUCCAUUGGAAUUAUUCACUUCGAGCGAGCCUUUGAGGCCAUGGUCCCAGAGAUGCAUCGAGGGAACCAAUUCAUCAGGAGCAAUCGAUUCUUUGGCAACGAGCAGCUGAAGAAUUUAAAACACUCUGAAUGCAUCGCAAUGAUACAGUCCCAGAAGUCCGUUAAGAGUCUCGCCGUAGUCAUGAGCCCGGACCGAUACACGACUUGGAAUUUCGAGAACCUGAAGGAGGACAGCCGCAAGGGCACUCUGGAGUUCCGCCAGCCCCCGGGGCAGACACAUGCAGCCGGUUGUCUCUCGUGGAUUGAGCUGGCGAUCAAUUUCGUCCGGUCUGCGCGGCGCAAGGACUGGCACGCCAAUAUCAGAGAAUACCCACAAACCGUAUCUGGUCUCAAGCAGUUCGUCAUGGAGGGCUUCGUGGAAGGUUUAAGCAAGUGGAAUCACCUGGAGCCUUUGAUGCACAGUAAGAAUGCAGACUUGAGUAUUGUUCCCAAAGCACCUGAGUACAACGUUGCAUUGAUUACAAAAAAGAAGAGAGAGGAUAAAAAGAAGAACAUACUCAUGGAGAAACUUAAAGAGAGCAUCAAGAAGGAGCUGAAAACCCUCCUCGCGUCUGCCAGUGGUUCCGGCCAGCAUUCUGAAUAUACUGAUGAGGAUCAGAGGGCGAGGGGUUGCCGGAGGGAGAAGAGACGCAUGCAGAGAUAG